CCAAUGAGCGAGUACGUCACGUUGUACGCACCGUUUUUUGUAAAUCUGAUGUAAAUAAACGAAUGACAGAGACGUUGAUGAUAGUGAAAUUGCUCCAAAAUACCGAUCAAAUCAAAAGCGAUUUGAACAGCCAAGCUCCUUUCAGUUGCUGGCUACAUUGAUGACCACCCCUGUCGCCAGUUUAUCGCCAACUCAAACUAUCAGACUGAAUCGUCCCACGCUGAAAGCUCGUGGCCAAUGCCGCAGGAUCGGUCUGCCCAGAGAAGUGGUCGGUCACCCCCUGAAAGUCCCUGCAGGUCUCAUCGGAGCUCUGCUGUCCGCUCGUGGCGUUCACUCUGAAGCAUCUGUGGACCUGUCACUGGUGAAAGACCAUGUCUGAGGUGAAUAAAGAAGUGGUGGAUUUGGUUUGGGGGAAGCCCUCCAAUGGAGUAGUGUCUGCAUCCAUCUUUCAGAGAUGGACCCAAGGAUUUGUCUUCAGCGAGCACGAGCCCACAGCACUGGAGCAGUUUGAAGGAGGUCCAUGUGCUGUCAUUGCACCUGUUCAGGCAUUCCUCCUAAAGAACAUUCUAUUCAACAGCGAAAGUCCCAAUUGGAGACAGAUGCCUGAGGAAGAACAGAAAACCGCGCUGUGUUCAACACUAACAGAGAUCUUGGAAUCCGCUUGCUCCAGUCCCUCCACAGGCUACUGCUUAGUGACGUGGGCCAAGGGACAGAGCCCACAUGCUAGCAGCACGCACACAAACACACAAGAACAAACCCAGCCAAACUCACAGGAUGUACCAGAGCCAGAGAGUAGCCAGCCAGCACAAGAACAGCCCUCUGCUUUGGCUGUUGAAGAGUUUGGCUUUGAAAGAUUUCACAGUGUGCUUCAUAAACGAUCUAUCAUGUCAGUAGCUGAUCUUAGAGAGGAGGUGCUGUCUCUUUACCACACCUGGAGGGGGUGCUGUGGGGUCUUGCUUUUCCUUUAUUCUGUGAUUUUCACUAAGGGAAUAGAGAAUAUAAGGAAUGAAAUCCAGGACACAUUGGAGCCUCUAAUAGACCCAGUGCAUGGCCAUGGCAGCCAAAGCCUGGUUAACCUUCUUGUUACUGGCCAUGCCGUUUCGAAUGUGUGGGAUGGAGACAGGGAAUGUUCUGGCAUGAAACUACAUGGAAUACACAAGCAGGCAAUGGUUGGUUUCUUAACCCUCAUGGAAUCUCUUCGCUACUGCAAGGUUGGGGCAUUCCUCAAAUCUCCAAAAUACCCUAUUUGGAUCCUUGGCAGUGAAACUCACCUCUCAGUGUUCUUCACCAAGGAGAUGUCCCUGGUGGGUCCUGAGUCACCUUCUGAACAAGCAAGGAGGGUCUUCCAGUCAUUUGAUCCUGAAGAUAAUGGUUUCAUCCCUGAAUCUCUCCUGGAGGAUGUGAUGAAAGCCCUCGACCUGGUGUCCGAGCCAGAGUAUGUCAAUUUGGUGAAGACGAAGUUGGAUCCAGAGAGUUUGGGUGUAAUUCUUCUGGGCCCAUUUCUGCUGGAGUUCUUCCCUGAUCAGGAUUCAGGAAUCCCAGACUCAUUUCCCGUCUACCACUACAAUGGGCUCAAACAGUCCAACCACAACGAGAGGGUGGAGUACGUGGAGGGGACCGCUGUGGUGCUAGGGUUCGAGGACCCCAUGGUUCGGACGGACGACACUCCGGUGAAGCGCUGUCUACAAACCAAGUGGCCCUACAUCGAGCUGCUGUGGACCACCGACCGAUCCCCCUCCCUCAACUGAACUGGCACUGACUCUGGGCACAGUGACUGCAAAGGUCCAGCACAUGACAAAGACUGAAGCUCACAAAAUGUUAAUGAAGACACAACUGUACACGAGACCUUCAUGGACGAACCAUUGUCGCACUCACACAUUCCACUGAAAAUCUCACCUUUGCCAUUCCACUGUCACUUCAGCUGUCACAAAGGAUGCAAACGGACCAGACAUGUCAAUAUUUACUGUUCAGAGGUUGUGUUCAUGUUGUUUUCAACAUUCUAAAGAAGCGAUAAAGUCAAAAUGAGCAGCUAGAUAAUUAUUCUGCAGUGGCAUUUUCUAUUUAAAUGUCGAAAUGCAGACAUCUGGACAUGGUCUAUGGCUAAAUUCUCUGUAAUUAUUGGACCACAUGAAGCAAAAACUGACACAAAACAUCUGUGUAAAAAAAGGGAAGUAUUCUAUUAAAUUUGUCAGAUUGACCAUUUGCAGAUAUCUUUUAAGAAAUGAGAAUUACCGAUAAAGAAAUAAGACAACAUAUAAUUCAAAAUUGUGAACCAAACCUAUUUUCAAAACAUCUGGCAGGUAUAACAUUUGUAGUGGGUGGGCCUCCACCUGUUCCAUGUAUAUUUUGUUGCUUUGCUUUGCCAAGAAUAUUCCACAGUAUGGCAUUGAAUGUACCUAUCUUUCUUUUAAUAAAUGACGGGUGUUGUGUGGCUAGAAAUACCUUGAAAACCGUGCAUUCUCACUGUGAAAGGGCUGACAUCUCCACAGAUCAGGACUGUAACUUGUCCUGGUGGUGUCUUCAUGGAGAUAGAUAUAAGACUUUUAUGGUUAAAUAAAGGUUAAAUAAAAAUAAAUGUCAUACUGUUGAAUAUUCCAGCUAAAGCAGUAACAAUGGAGAAAAGAAAAGUUACACAAUACACCUCUAAGUGAUAGACAGGAAGGUAUUAUGAAAUGGGAGUGCAUGCCAUGGAUAUCAGAUAAUACACAAGACUCAUUUAGCUACAGCACUGUUCAAGGGAAAACUUACCAAAGCCUUUCACACUUGGGACCGUAAUAAAGGGAAGCGUUUACAGCGUUCGGGACCAGCCCACACGCACUCCGCUGGACAUUCUACAGUGUUCCUCAGCCAGCAUCCGGGUGGUGGGACUUGCACCUUUCCAUUUGGCUGCGAAGUUAUGUAUUUAUUAUCACUCUGAGAAGGCUCUGUAAUAAAUACUUUUUGGUUUGACUGA